AUGUCCUCCAGUCGCACUGCUUCAUACUCACUUGAGGAAGAUAUGCACUUAUGCCAUGUAUAUAUUUACAUUUCUCAAGAUCCAAUCAUAAGAAGAAACCAAUCAGGUAAUAGUUUUUGGGCAAGAGUUGAAUCAGAGUACCACAAUAAUGGGAAAUUUAGUAAUCAACAUCGACCAAGAAGAUCUUUGCAAACUCGAAUGACUACCAUUAUUGGUGCAGUUGCAAAAUUAAGGGGAUGCAUCAACCAAAUUGAAAAUAAAAAUCCAAGUGGUGAUUCACAAGAAGAUAUUAAAUUUACAAGUGAUGACAACAUCAAUGCAUCAAGUAGAUUCCAACAAGAUGGUCCUAAUUUUACUUCGUCCAAAUCAUCAUCUCACAAUUUCGAUUCUCCGACGUCAGUAUCCACCGGUAUGAGUUCAUUUGAUCUUAAUAUAAAUAAUGAGGAAAUCAUUACUAAUUCAACUGAAAGACCUAUUGGUGUAAAAAAAGCAAAGGCAAACCAAUUAGGUGAUGAUCAAUUUAACAAACUAAUGGAACAAAGUAAAAAACUCGUUCAAGUAAUUGAAAAGAGUAACACAAAUAGAAAUGAACGUCAUAAUAGAAAGACUGAAGAUAAAAUUUUAUUCACGGAUUUGGAUUCUAUAUCCGAUCCAAAGUUUCGCCAAUACAUUCAAAGUGAAAAAAGAAGAAUUUACAGAGAAAGAGCACGAACAUCCGAAGUUGGAGAACAAGGAGAAUGA